AUGGCCAAUCACGCCGCGAAAUCUUUGCAGCACCUCUGGUCCGAGCUCGAGAUCAGCAGGGCCGCGCUCGAGGACGAGAAUGCGCCCAACGCCGCCGAGAGCGCUCGAGAGAGCCUGCGGCGCGCCGUGAUCGCUGCGGAGGAGCGCAUCCGGGAGUGGGCGGCACACUGGGAAGACCCCGAGUCAACGGAGGCCGGCCUGACGCUCAUUCGCAGCCGCGCAGGGAGGAGGGGAGAGCUCGAGCGGGGCGCAGCGAGGCUUACGAUGCUCCUGAGCGAGCGCCGCGAUCAGAUGCGGGAAUCGGCGCAGGUCCCAGCAGCAGAUCGCGCGCCUUCCGAGGGCGCGCAGGGUGCGGCAGGCGCCGUCGACGGCGCGGCGGGUGGCGACACAGAGCCGGCUGAGGCGCCGGGAGCCGGUGCGGCUGGUCAGGACGACGGAGCCGGCCCGUCAGGUCCCCCCGCGCCGCCACUGAGCGAGUUGCUGCGGGGCGCUCCGCUGCCUGUGUCGGAGCGCACCUUCGUCGAGCGCCUGGACGCGCCUUCCUGCAGGGCGAUCCUGAUCGCGCUGAAGGAGCACUUCAGGCAGAACCGCAACGACCCGAGGCUGCGGAACAUCGCCCUGACUCACACGGACGCCGUUGACGUUCUGCGCUUGCGCAUCCUGGAUGCGUACGCCAGGGAGGGCGUGUUCGAGCUCGCGCUGCAGAGCCUGCUCGCGAGCAACUUCAAUGCAUACGUGCACGUCGUCACGAGGGCCGCGACGAACUUGACUGGCCACCACAAGCGGUUUAACGAAAUGCGCGCGCAGUUCGCGCAGGCGCUCCGCCGCGACGACGAGGACGGGCGGCUGGUCAUCGACUCGUUCGUCCAGCAAAUCAGGUCAAAUCAGCCGGCAGGUGGCGCGAGCGACCCUGCUAUGGACAGGUUCAGGGAGUUCCUGCGGGACGCCUCGCUGCCGAACUCGAGGGAGGAGUUUGUCGAGCGUCUCACGAAGCCGGACUGCAUCCAUCUCCUGGGCAUUCUCAAGGAGCUGCAGAAGGAGAAGAAGCAGCUCGGGAAGCUGACGCGAGCGGACCAGGAAUUCGUCCACCUCGACCUCAAACGCUCAGACGCAAAUGUGGAGCAGCUCCGGAGCAAGCUCGUGAAGGCGUUCAACGACAGCCCCGACAUGUUUCAGGCGGCGAUGCGUCGCCUUCGCGACCAGCAGACAGAGGCGUUCGUCGAGCUGGUCUUCCGCGUCGCGGGCAGACACCAGCGCAUCGCUGACGGGUUGAGGCAACAGCUCAACGACUUGAGGGAGGCCCUCAGUGACCCGGACAAUUUUGUCAUCAUCCUCAACCGAUUCCUGAACCAGUUCGCAGCCAUGGACGACUGA